GAGAGAGAGAGAGAGAGAGAGAGCCCUACAAACAGAACACAUGCUUGACUGUGACUGUGCUCACUGUGUUUUUAUACUCACAUAGGAACAGCUUUACGUAUGGAUUGUGUAACGUUAAGUGUGUGCAGCUGUGAAACCCCACAGGGGGACACUGUAAAUGUAUAUAGCGAUGAUAUUGUUUGUUUUAAACCAACCCUGAAUAAAGAGGGCGGAGCCUCUGCUGCCCUUUGACCUUUCGCACAGGUUUCUGUUUUCAUGUUGACUGUGACUGUGUGGUGUGAAUGAAACAUUGUCUUGUAUCUUUGUGUGUGUGUCUGUGUGGUGUGAUAGCAGUGAGUGGGCUUUUCCUGUUGUUUUUAUGAUCAACAUGUGUGAACGUUAGAUAAUCCUGAUGUGUAGGUGGAACCGUAGCUCCUCCCGUCAGUGUGUGAAUGAUGUCAUGUAGUGUUAAAGAGCUUUGAGCGGUCAGAAGACUAGAAAAGAGCUCUACAAGUACAGCUCUGUGCCAUGAGGUCCUCUUCCCUCCUCCUCCUCCUCUUCCUCACCUUCCUGGUGGGUGUGUGUGAGGUUCAAGGAGCCUCAGAUUUUCGAAUCUGUGCCUUCAACCUCCAUCACUUUGGGGACUCCAAGUCCAAGAAGAGCAAUGUCAUGCACACCCUCACCAGGAUCAUCGCUCGCUGUGAUGUGUGUUUGCUUCAGGAAGUGAGAGACACACAAGGGAAAGCUGUACCACUGCUGCUCAGCCGCCUGAACAGGUAUGACGCUCAACACGACUAUAAAGCAGUGGCCAGUGAGAGACUGGGCAGGUCUUCCUCGUACCAGGAGCAGUAUGUGUUUGUUUACAGGACUGACACAGCGACUCUCACUGGCCAGUAUCAGUACCCAGAUGAUCGACCAGGAGAUGUUGACGCUUUCUCCAGAGAGCCUUUUGUUGUCCGCUUCAAAGCCCCCAAGACAGAUAUAAAGGAGUUUGUCCUCAUACCUCAGCACACCACUCCAACCAACACCACUAAAGAGCUGGACGCACUGUAUGACGUAUUGGAACAGGUGAAGACGAUGUGGAAAACUCAGAAUGUGAUGCUUCUCGGGGACUUCAAUGCUGAUUGCGGCUACCUCGCUAAGAAGAACAGGAAGAAAGUGCGCCUGAUUACAGGGAAGAGCCUCUACUGGCUCAUUCCAGAAAAGACCGACACCACUGUGCGAUUGAGUACCUCCUGCACCUACGACAGGAUCGUUGUGCAUGGGGAAAGGUUUGCCAGGGCAAUUGUGCCCCUUUCAGCCAGCCCAUUUAACUUCCAGCUGGAAUACCGACUCACAGAGGAACAGGCGCUGGAGGUUAGUGACCAUUACCCUGUGGAGGUCCUGCUGAAGGACAACGCAUACAACGUCUCCUUUAAUGCUGCCACUUCCAUGUCCCUUUAUUUGUUCCUCCUCAGCCACUUUUUCUUCUAGAUGUUGACAUGGUAGUUAUUAUUAUCAAUCUCAGGACAUCCUCAGAAAGGCAUCCGUCAAGAAUUCUAAUAAUUCCCCAAUGUGUAGAUUCCAACUUUACAAAUAUCACUGAUUACACUCCACAAGAAUGGGUCUCCAUGUUAGGUUCAGGGUCAGGAAAAACAACAGAAAAUUACACAACUGUUGAUAUUUACCAAUAUGUAGCUCACACAAUAAUAACCUCAUGUGUAUAUGCGGGAGUAUGAUUUAAGUGUAAAGGUUCUCCAUAUGACCAGCAUUAAUAUAGCAGCCAACAACUGUUAUCUAUAUAAAAAUAUAGUGAUGUCAUGUCUACAUGAGCAGAGAAUGAUGUCCCUCUCCCUCCCUGUGUGUUAUAAUCCCAGCUUCUUAUCUCUGUUAUCUCUGUUUGUGUGCCCCACUGGCUCUGCACUGCCACUCUUUCAGCAGUUACAGCUGAUGAUGCUGUUCCGACCGACAGCAACGUCGUGGAAGCAUAUAGAACAUACCCUUGCAUCGUUAGCACUGUUAGCUACGAGCUGUUGCAAUGUUGAGAGCCGUGUGGAGGCAAUCCUCUCAUAGAUUCGCACUGAAUUCCAUAUCUAGCUCCUUUUAAAAUUGUGCUUCACUGCACUGCAGAGAAAACAGUACAUAUGGUUGUCGAUGAAUUGUUUCCUCAAAUGAGUAAUCUGUUAACUUAAUGUAGUUGAUUUGCUCCCUCAGUUGUCCCCUUUUAUUCAUCUUCCUAAAUAGAGUGCUGUGAGGAUGACAUAUUGUUGUAGGCAAACCAUGGGGGAAAAAAAAAUGUCAUAGACAUUUUUGAUUAUAAAGAAGUCCAAUAAUCAGAAGCCAAACCAUGAAAUGUGUUUUGUUUGUACUCUCAUCCUCUUUCUUCUUCCUUCUUUUUCUCCCCAUUCUGAUUUUCAUAAAUUGUAUUAUACUAUUCUCUCAUUCUCUGUUUGGAGCAAAGAGUUAUUCCUAAAGUUCUCUUUUCUCUGAUCACUUUGACAUUUUGCACAAAAAAACCCAUUAUAUUGUGGAACUGCGAAAAGGGAAGGAAGCAACAAGUUCCUGCUGUAACCUGAACACCUGGUUGAUCAUAAUGCCCGCCGUCUCCCGGGCAGAGGGGAGCUUGGGCAGAGCGAGGAAGUGGGCAGCUUUGGAGGAGCGGUCUACCACCGUGACGAUGACCGUGUUCCCCUGCGAGGGUGGCAGGCCUGUGACGAAGUCCAAGGCGAUGUGAGACCAGGGACGAUGUGGCACCGGGAGUGGUUGCAGUAGGCUGGAAGAGGGUCGAUGUGAUGACUUGUUGCGGGAACAGGUAGAGCAGGCCAGGACAAAUGCUCUGGUGUCUGCCUCCAGCGACUUCCACCAAAAAGUCUGCCAGAGCAUGUCGAUGUUACGCCUGAUGCCCGUGUUACAGGAGAAACGAGGGUUAUGAGCCCAUUGGAGCAUUUGGGAGCGUACAGGCGGGGGAACAAAGAGGUGGCCGGGAGGCCCGUCUCCGGGGACAGGAGACAGGGAGAGUGAUCCUCGGGGGAGAACUGGCGAGAGAGCGUCAGGUUUAGUAUUUUUGUGGCCCGGACAGUAGGAGAUGGAGAAGUCGAAACGUCCAAAGAAUACAACCACCGCGCUUGGCGGGAGUUUAACCUCUUGACCGUCCGGAUGUACUCCAAAUUGACAACAUGGUCUACGGUGGAGGUGAUACUCGUGAGGGGGGCUGCAAGCUUGCUGUAGUUCCUGAUAAAACGGUGGUAGAAGUUUGCGAAGCCCAGGAACUGCUGGAGCUGUUUCAUAGAGGAGGGGGUCGUCCACUCCGUUACCGCCUUGACCUUCUCCGGAUUAGCCCUUACCUGACCCGUCUCAAUGAUUAACCCCAGGAACCGAACAGAGGUUACGUGGAACUCACAUUUCUCUGCUUUAACAAACAGCUUGUUCUCCAGUAGGCGCUCAACUUCAAUCUUCUUUCCAGGAUGAUCUGAAGGGCUUAAAGAUGAUACAACAGACUUUUCACUGCUUCUCACUUGACGUUAUGUGGACCCCAAUAAACGCACACUUUCUGUGUUUUGUUAUGUUA